AUGAAGGCUUCUCCAGUCAUGUUGAUAAAAAGGAUAUUACUGUACAUCCUUCUAGUAAUACUGGCUCAGAGCAACUAUCAAGUUUAUGGAUUUGAUGACUCAGAUUGUGCAGCUGAAAUUGAAGGUAAAAGACACUCUGAGUACAAAAUUUAUGUUGGGAAUUCUUUGAUCAUAGACUGUCCGGUUUGUUACUGCAAGAAAAAGCCAAUCACACAGGGGUGCAAGAUAGUGGUGGCUACAUGUACGCAACUGAAGGAGGGCAAAGCAGAGUGAAAGUCCAAUGUGUUCACUCUGGAGGUUUCCUCAGUUCAUCAGAAUGAUAGUGGACUUUAUCAUUGCAAAGCAAUAAUAGACAGCUUUUCCAGUGAAAGCCUGAUUAUUGUUGAAGAAACGUCUGCAAACAUUCUCACAGUUUCACCAGAAAAUACCACAAGCAUCUCAGAAGAGUCCCAAGAAUCUGGAAACUACAAGAUACUGCACAUUAUUUAUGCUUCAACAUUCGUAGGUCUGUGUUUUCCAUUCAUCGUUACAUGCAUGUUUUGGUGUCUAAGGAGGCACCAUGCAAAACAAAAGAGAACUCCAUUAACCCAACAGAAACAGGAGAGCCUGGUCCGUCAUCAAACAGCUGCUCCAUCCAAUGCUGCUGGGACAACUGAAGGUUCGGAAGCAAGCUCCUCACUUUACUGUUGCUCCACGGCUAGCCCACUGCAGGCCUUGCACAGCAACACAAUUUAUGACAACAAUGUCCUUCCCUGGAACACUCAGAGGACAGCACCCGAUGUACCUCGCAAUAAUCCUGUUAUUCCUUCCAUCCCGGGUUUGCCUGAAAGCCCAGAUGUCCUCACAUAUGCUGCACUAAAUCAUUCUGCUUUGGCAGAGAGGUGCCAGAGAAGAGAACUAACUGUAGAAAAUGCAUUUACAGAAUAUGCCUCCCUUAAAGUAAAUAAGUAA